GAACUUUGACGUUUAGAUGAAAAAAUUACGCAUAUAAACAAUGUACAGCUGUUCUAGUUGCAACAUCUCACGAAUACGCUUUGCGCCGCAUUUUGUACGCUACGUGAAGUGAAAAAAUUUUCCCGCAACAAGAAAAUCUCAAAAUUUUAACAAAAUUUAUCAAAAGAGUAAAACUUUUUUCAGCAAAUUUAACAGAGAAAACAAAAUAUGGUUAAGGAGAAGAAACAGUUCAAUAUUGGAGAUUUGGUUUUCGCCAAAGUCAAGGGCUAUCCAGCAUGGCCAGCCAAAAUUACCAAGUACAACAACAAAAAAUAUAAUGUAUACUUUUAUGGAACUGGUGAGACGGCCAACAUUAAAGUGGAGGACCUUUUCCAUUAUAUCGAAAAUAAAGAGAAAUUUGCCACGGACAAGAAUAUGAAACGUAACAAUUUCCGAGAGGCCAUUGAUCAAAUAGAAGCUGCAGCGAAUGGUGAAGAUUCGGCGCCUAUUGAUUUACCCAUAGUUGCGGCAUCUGAGGGUGUUGUUGCAGCAGAUGUUUCACAAGCGGAAGAGGCCUUAGAGAAUACAAUGGACGAAAGCGCUAUAAAUAAUACAACAAUUGAUGAUUCGCAAUUAAUGGAGUCUGUAAAGGAAGAAGAGACGUCGCCAGAGGAGAUCGUUGCCGAUAAGAAGGUGAAGGAAGUAAAAGUGGAGAAGGACGAAAAGAAAGAGGAUAAAGAAGUAACUUCUACACCUGCUGCAGCAGAUGCCGGAGAACCUGUGAGUCGAAGUGGACGUAAAAUUAAAGUGAAACGUUAUAUUGAUGACGUUGGCGAUUCAUCUAAUGCCAUGAAUGCUCCACCAGCUAAGAAAAAAGUUUCUCCAGAGGGUAUUUCCACACCUGAACCCAAACCAAAAGCGGCUAAGAAAAACUCUAGCAAUGCAAAUGCUAAACCGAUGGCAACCGUAACACCCACGGUCAAAUCAUCUAAUAAAUCAGAAGUUCAAAACAAUCUUCUAUUGGCCUUUAUACCACCAGCGAAAUGUAUUGGCAUUAAAUUGGAUUUUCAGAAACCAGCAAUGUUUGAUUCACCCGAAGCCAAACGUUUGUGGGAAGAAGACUCGCUCAAGGAAGCAGAAGAACUUAAAGCGAAGCUUGAAAUGGGUUCUAUAAAAAUCGAUGCUGUUAGGGAGCGUAUUGUUGUCAAUCCUUCCCGCUCGAAAAUACAUCGUGAGGCUAAGGAUCGCUUCACCAGCGAAAUGAUUGAACAGGAAGAUGCUCUUCUAGUGGAAAGAGAUUUCAUACAACUCUCACAACAGCUGAGAGAAUGUUUGGGUUUAAAACGUGCAGAUGUUGAUCGUUGUUUGGAUAUUUUAAAGCAAUACAAAGAAUUCCAAUUAACCAAGCUUAUGCUUUUGCGUAAUCCCGAUUGUGUGGAUAGUAUACGUCGUUUGCGACGUUAUAUUGGCAAUUUGAAACAAUGGAAACUAACAGAAGAAGAAGAGAUUGCGUUUAAGGCUAAAGCCGAAAUUAUACGCUACGAAGCUGUUUUGAUUUAUAAUAAUUUUAAGAAAAUCUUUGGUCCCAAUACGUCGGCACACUUUUGGGAAGAAUUUUGCAACCAGGUACAGGCCUACAAGGAAAAUACCAAGCAUAUAAAUGAUCAAAAUCGUUUGAUACUAACGGAUAAAAUAUACAAAGCCUUGUCUAACAAACACACAAAAUCUAAUAAAUCAGACAACAACGUAGAACCUGAGGCCAAAUCUGUAAAGGACGAAGUGGGCAAAGAAAGUGACGGUACUAACAAGGGAGAAGAUAAAACUGACAAACCAGUUGAGCAGGAGCAAAGUGUUAAAGCAAUGGAAACUGAUGAAGUGACAGCAGAACAAGAAGAAACAGCAGCAUUAAAUGAGGAAGACACUCCAGUUGACAAUCCCUCAAACACUGAUAUAGCUGUAGAGGCCAAUUAGGCUGGCAAUUGUUAGUUUUAAAAUAUUUAGUUAUUAGUUGUAAACAAUAAUAGGGUUUUACUACUACUACAUAGUACAUAAAACAUACAAAUGUAUUCUUAUUCUCCUUUUGUUCAUUUAUUUAAAUUGAAUUUUUAAUAGUUUCUUUUGAUUUACUUUAAUUUUCUUACCUUUUUUUGUAUUUGGUUAAAGCGACGUCAAUAAUUCUUUAGACAUUAUCCCUUUUAUUGUAAGUUAUUUUAGAAAUACAUAUAUUACUGAUAUUUAAUAUUUUUACAAAACAAUUUACGCUAAUAAUAACGUAACACUCAAUAAUAACAGCAUAAAAAAUAUACCUUUUUU